AUGCCUUCGAAACAAAUCUACCUCGGCGUCAUCGGCGUCGGCGGCGUGGGAACUUCAUUCCUCCAACAGCUCUCAAAACUCCCCAGUCCUCCUACACUCGUCCUCCUGGCACGCUCUUCGCAAACCCUCCUCUCCCCAGCACCCGCAUACUCCCCGGCCAUCCCAGCAGGCGACUGGCAAACCGCGUCAGCGAACCCCUCCCUCACCAAAUCCGGCGCCCUGAGCCCCUCAGAAAUCGUAUCCUACCUCUCCUCUGCGCCCAGCGGCAGCCGCUCCGUGCUCGUCGACAAUACUUCGGACCCAGCCCUGGCCAGCGCAUACCCGCAGUUCCUCAAGGCCGGCAUCUCCGUCGUGACGCCCAACAAAAAGGGCUUUUCGUCGGACCUGUCGCUGUGGAAGGACAUCUUUGCCUCUGCGGCUAGCGGUGGCGCGCUUGUCUACCAUGAAAGCACCGUUGGCGCGGGCCUGCCGGUCCUUUCAACCCUGCGUGAUCUCGUCGCGACGGGCGACCAGGUAACUCGCAUCGAAGGCGUAUUUUCUGGCACACUGUCCUUUCUCUUCAACACAUUCGCACCUGUGUCAGCGUCAAGUGAAGCAAAAUGGAGCGAUGUCGUCAGCCAGGCCAAGGAUCUGGGCUACACCGAACCAGACCCGCGCGACGACCUGAACGGCAUGGACGUUGCACGCAAACUCACCAUUUUGGCACGAAUCGUGGGGCUGCAGGUUCAAAGCCCAGAGUCUUUCCCCAUCGAGUCCCUGAUCCCCGCCGAACUGGCCUCGUUGCCGGGCACAGCUGCCGGUAUUCAGGAAUUCAUGACCCGUUUGCCAGAAUUUGACGGACAGAUGACUGCGCUGAAAGAACAGGCUGAGAAGGCUGGCAAAGUGGUGCGGUAUGUCGGUAGCAUUGACGUUGCCAAGAACGAGGUCAAGGUGGGACUACAGCAAUUUGACAAGGACAGCGCAAUUGCGGGGCUCAAGGGCAGUGACAAUAUCAUCAGCUUUUAUACGCAGCGCUACGGCAGUAACCCGCUGAUUGUCCAGGGUGCUGGUGCCGGCGGUGAAGUCACAGCGAUGGGUGUUUUGGCGGAUCUGAACAAGGUUUUGGAGAGGCUGUAA